GACUGACUCAGUGGAGGAUCCUCUCUGUGAGAGAUGGCCAAGCUACGAUCUAUGGUUGUUCUGCAGCUUCUGUUUGGAACCUUUAGACUGUGUCUCUUUCAAACCACUUCAUCUGACCUCAGAUCUGUCCAUCCUGGAGAAAACAUCACCCUGCACUGUGAUAUCACUGCGGAUUAUGAGAUAUCGUGGUAUCACCAGAGCGCAGAGGAGAUGAAGCUGCUCGUAUCUGCUGGAAAAGAUAAACUGAAUAAGUCAUUUUCCCUCAAUCAUAAUGUGGAUGAGGAUCACUAUGAAGGAACUGAAAACAGCAGUUCAGUCAGUUUAGUGAUUAUUGGUGUUAAUGAGACUGAUUUGGGCCAGUAUUACUGCGGAGGCCGAGGACAAAAGUCACUGCUGCAGUUUGGAAAAGCCAUCAGACUGACCUUUGCAGAUGCUGAAAAUUAUGAAGAAAAGACCGAAGAUGCUGAAUGUCCUCCAGAUUCUCCAGAUCCCAAGUCCUACCAGAUUCUAAUUGCAGUCCUGAUGUCUGUCUGUUUGGUCUCUGUUCUGAUCAACAUCAUUUUGUUGUGGUUGCUCUGUUAUAGGGCACAAGGCAUGCCAAACAUUUGUUGGAGAGACACCAGCAGCACCCAUUCGCUUGAGAAGGUGUCUCAGGAGUUGGAGAUGCAGUACGCCAGUCCUGUCUACAACAGAGAUCUCAGAGAAGCCACUGAAGAAAACACAGCGCCUGCUUCAGACAACGUGACCUAUGCAAAAGUAUCAUGGCCUACACCACAAAGCGCUACAAACAUCAGACAUCUUCCGGCCUAGACCUCGUCUCACGUAGACUAGUGUAAUCUGAGAUGGCCUGAAGGCUAACAGAUCGAGAAGUCACUGCUCUAUGACGCUGAUUCUCACAGGGGAACCCAGGUGAUGCAUUUUUCCCCUAAAUGAGAUUCAUUAGGAGAUUGGCUAAUCAAUGACUGUGAUCCAAGACAGGAGAUUUAGAGUAGUAACACCAACUUGAACCACCUGCACUGAGACUAAGAGCCUUUGCAGUGCUUAUUGUUUAAUUUAGGCUUUUGAAAUAGAAAAGUAGUUCAGAUUUUUAUACAAGUACCUACAUAAAGAAUAACUGUGAAGCUACCACUAAAAACUGUAGUUGGAGUGGUUGGGAGAAUGUUUUGCCAUUGGGCUGGUGAUGUUUUGGGUUGAUUACAUUGGGCUGACACAUAGCAACCCACACAUAUGAACAGAAGAAAGCACAGACAAACUGUAAAUGCUUCAACCAAGUCUGUAUUUACAGUAAUUAGAGGUUAAAUCAGCUCUCACUCCAGCAUUUCUGACUGUGAUUGGUCAGUUACCGAGUCUUUUAGAGGAAGUGUCCUGUUCAAAUCUGGUGUGAUGGUAUGAAUCUGCCACUGACUGAAUGGCAGUGACCUACAGACCGUGUUACUUUUAGCAUUGUUUACCAAAGUAGCAGUUUCCAUACAUGAAUCAUAUGAAGACCCAGAUAGCAAGAGGAUAGUGUACCACUUUAGGCCCACUGAUGGCGAAGCUGCCCCACACUGGCUGU